UGACGCAUCACUGCUUUUAGAUUCGGUUGCUGGCAAAGCCGCGUCUGAGAAGGAAGCGAGACCUAAUCUCUCGCUUGUAGGGUUUGAAAUCAUCGAUGAGAUCAAGUCUAUUCUUGAAAAACGAUGUCCCAAAACCGUCUCCUGCGCUGACAUUCUCACAUUAGCUGCCCGCGAUGCCGUUUCGUACCAAUAUGGACGGCCGCUAUGGAAUGUCUUUACCGGACGCGUUGAUGGAAGAGUUUCAUUGGCGACGGAGGCCACUAGAGACUUACCAUCCGCUGGGGCAAACUUCACCGCUCUUCAGAAACUCUUUGCCGAGAGCGAUUUGGACGUCGUUGACCUCGUGGCUUUAUCAGGAGCACACACAAUAGGAACAGCACACUGCGGUGUGUUUGGUCGAAGACUAUUAAACUUCACCGGAAAAGGGGACACAGAUCCUUCCUUGAACUCAAGCUACGCCUCUUUCCUAAAAUCCAAAUGCUCCGACACAUCUCAAAGGCUCAACUCUUCUGCAGUGGUCGGGAUGGAUCCCACAGGAGCCCUCUCUUUCGACAGUGGCUACUUUGUCUCUCUACUCCAACACAAAGGACUCUUAACCUCUGACGCCGCCUUGUUGACUGAUCCCUCCGCCGCUGACAUUGCUAGUGUUUUCCAAGACUCUGGCAGUUUUCUUGCUCAGUUUGGUCGGUCUAUGAUCAAGAUGAGUUCCAUUAAGGUCCUUACACUUGGAGAUGAAGGUGGUGAGAUUCGCAGAAACUGUCGCGUUGUCAACUAAUAAAAUACCCAAAUCGUUACCGCAAUUCAAUCAACAUGUGAUCAUCUUGUUUUUUUCUUGUUUCAGUAUUGUUAUUUGAGAAGAAACCAAAAAAAGAAAAAACCUUAUUGUUAUGGUUUUAUAUAAUACAUGAAUGAUUUUAUUUAUAACUAUUGAGAGCAUGUUUCAUGUAUAGUCUCUAUCCAUCCAAGACACGGGCUCUUUACUAAACAGAAACUGAAGCAAAGAAGGCUCGUCUUUAUAUAGUUGCAACCAUCUUAAAGACUUGUGGCCCUCAUAAGCAAUUUGUUAGAUUCGUUGGUCGUCGCUGCGACAAUUGUACAUCACAAGCUGUCUGACGAGGAAUCAUUCAGCAGAAGGUUUUGUCUCUCUCAUUCUGUGUUGUCCAAUGGCAGAGAGAAUCAUCAUCAUUAUCACCCACUUCGACUCUUAUAACACAUGGUCUUUAUUAACACAUGAAUGAUGUUUGGUUGUAACUUGUAACUAUCGACAACAUGUUUCAUCUAUUAUCCAAGUCCCUAGUUUCGCAGUUCUCUAUCUAUCCAACCAACACUAACAAGACAAGGAAACUAAUAGAGACGAAGCAAGAAACUUUAAAACUUAAGCAACAUCACAAACUGUGUAAACGAUGAGUCACUAUUACAUCUCUACGUUUAAACCUUCACAUGUUCCAUUCAACAAAAGUGUUGGGGAUGGAUUGUAACCAUCCACAAGGCCCAGCGAAUAGGAGGCCCAUUACUACCAUUCAAAGGAUGACCGGCUCGGGGACGGCUUCUGACGAGCCGCGACUCGGCUCGUGACCUCUAUAGCUGAAGGACGAGAAGCCGAUGGAAACGAUCAGGCGGCUCGGGCCGAGCAGUCAUCUCGACUGGGCCUUUAAGCCAAAAGGCCCAUAACGAAGGGGACGAAUUAGGUCAAAACCAACCGACCUAGGAGACUAUAUAAGGAGUUGAGGACAGGAAAGAAGGGUAUCACCACAUAGACAGACAGACUUGCGGCCAUAUUAGGGUUUCCUUUAUUCUCUUUGUAUCUCGCCGCUCUCUUGUACUUCCGGCUAGGAGCUCACCGAGCAUCGACUAGCCGGCUUUCUUACUCUUGUACCCUCGUUAUUCCGACUCUAAUAAAACGUCUCUGUUCAUCCCACUCUUGAGUUCUUCUAUUUUCUGUUGACCAAACUCACCUUAAACAAUUGGCGCCCACCGUGGGGCCGAUCAGAGUAACGUUUCUUAGCCUGAUAUGACGAUUGGUGACUCGAACCCCGGCUCUUCCGGCGAAGCGACCGAGCUUACGCCUCCGCCUCCUCCUCCUCUUCUCUCGUCGGACUUCAUGAGCUCCGUGAUGGCUCGUCUCGCGCAUCAAGAAGAAGUCCAGAAAACGACGAAUGAGCAGCUCGCCGCUCUCGUGGCCGCCCUCACUGCUCCCGCUGGACCGACGAACCGUUCCCAACCCGUCUGCCGGCACCUUUUCCCUCCAACGCCGGCGGAAGACCGCGCCGUAGACGAAUCUAACCCUAACGGUCCUCCUGCCGUGUACCCCACUCCGACGACAGCAGAUCCGACGACGAUUCGCGAGAUCGCCGAGCUCAAACUCAGCCUUCAACAAAUGAGCUCGCAGAUCCACCAAGCGACGAGCGCAGCCCCUCAAAUCGACAGCGUCAUCGCCUCAACUUCGCGCUCACCCUUCGCCAGCGAGCUGACCAGGGUCCAGCUCCGCAAAAUAGAAAAGCUCCGUCUCCCCGAGUACAAACCCGGCGGCGACCCCGUCGAGCAUCUGACGGCCUUCAACAUAGCUAUGGCCAGAGCUCGCCUUUCCGACGAAGAGAAGGACGCAGGAUACUGUCAGCUCUUCGUCGAAACACUCAACGAACAAGCGCUAACCUGGUUCUCGCAGCUCAGCGAGAACUCGAUUCGCAGUUUCCGAGACCUAUCAGCCGUUUUCCUCAAGACUUACAUCAUGUUUACCAAGCGAGCAGCAACCGCUUCCAGCCUGUGGAAUAUGGCGCAAACAAAAGACCAAAGCCUUAAGGACUACAUGGAAAAGUUCAAGACGAUCGUUUCCCGAGUUGACGUCCCUGAUCACAUCGCUAUCGACGCUUUGAUGAACACUCUCCUCGUCAACUCGAAGUUUCGUAAGGACCUGUAUUCCAACCCUACGACUUCGCUCCCCGAUGCUAUUGCCCGGUCUCACAAUUUCAUCCGAAUGGAAGAAGAUACCAAGGCAAUAAUUCGGAAGCAGAACGCUGCCAAGCCGGUUGCAGCCAAAAGUGCGGGAGCUCGGCCAGAGCCACGCCAGCACGCGCCAGCUGAUAACGGCGGCAAAAAAGGAGGUCUCCUCUACGUCGUGGACGAGAACAACGCCCCUGUCUCAACCAUGGUCAUGCACGAUAAAAAGUGGAAUGUUUAUCAGCGAGAGACCGACUCUCCAGAUGCGUCUCCCAGUACCCCGAGUGCUGGUGUCGUGGCUAAAGUCGAUUCGGCUCCAGGACCGACCAGAACUCCCAUCGAUCUCACGAAGCAUUGCAAGUAUCACGACGUGAAGGGACACGACACGACCGAGUGCAAAUCUCUCUACGCCCAGUUCCUCUCCUCGAUCGAAAGCGGAGACUACAAGAUCCAGCCGCCAAAACCCAAACCAAAAGGGGAAAACAGCUGGAGCAGAAACAAAGAUAAGAAUGCUCAGCGAAAAUCGCAAGGCAAAAACCGUAAAAACGACAAACAGGCGAAGGAUACCGAGAAGGCCGCCCGCGAAACCGACGAUGACGACGACUCGGCGGACGACGAUCAGCCCGCCAAUCGCCAGCGCAUUGAAGUAAUCCGCGUCCAGCCUCAAGGAAAGAACGAACCGGGAUCCUCGUCCGACGAGGACGACGACAUGGAAACCCCAGACGGUACUACGGAUCUUCGAUCCUUUCUCGAGCAAAAGUCCCGACCCGUUACCGAGGAAACGCCAGUCUCCACCGAUCUUCGCCGAAAGAUCGACUCAAAUCGAGCCGCGAGAGCUUCAGCACAAGAAUCCUCCCAAAAGCAGUCCGCCGAAAACCAAACUGCGAUCUGCGCGACAAACUCAACGCGAAGAUCGGCGAUCUGCGGACAACCCUCAACCGCAAGAAAAGGGAUACCGCCGACACGAGUAACGACCUUCGCGAUGUGCUCCGCGCAAAGCGCGCACAAACUCGUCCCCGGAUAA